AUGAAGAAACAUGUGUUAGACUUCAAUGACUUUAGUGCUGCAGUUGUUGAUCUCCUGUAUGAGUUUCUUGGUAAAAAGGUCUCUUUGCAGCUCGUCAGUUCUGUCAAGGCUGAUCAUUCAGGGAAAUUAGGGACUCCUGCUUACCUGGAAAACUGGAUCACUACAUUUUCCUCUGUAAAAGCUGGUGAAUCAGCCUUGUCUGUCACAUUUGACUGGGAUGAAGAUAUUGGAGUUCCAGGAGCUUUCAUAAUAAAAAAUUUUCACCAAUAUGAGUUUUACCUCAAGACUCUAACUCUUGAAAAUGUUCCUGGACAUGAUAGCAUCCACUUUGUUUGCAACUCUUGCGUUUAUCCAGCUGAUAAAUACAAAACAGACCGCAUUUUCUUCUCUAAUCAGGCAUAUCUUCCUAAUAACACGUCAGAACCACUGAAGUUCUACAGAGAAGCAGAAUUAGCAAACCUGAGAGGAGAUGGAACUGGAGAGCUUAAGGAAUGGGACAGAAUAUAUGACUACGCUUGUUAUAAUGAUCUGGGAGAUCCAGACAGGAAGGACGCAAGCUACGUUAGUCCAAUUUUGGGAGGAUCUGUCGUGUAUCCUUACCCUCGCAGGGGAAGAACCGGGAGACCAUGUACUAAGACAGAUCCAAACUCUGAGAGCGGGUUGCCACUGCUUGAGAGCCUAAACAUUUAUGUACCAAGAGAUGAGCGAUUUGGACACUUGAAGAUGUCAGACUUCCUUGCUUACGAAUUGAAGUCGAUUUCUCAAUUCCUUCUCUCCGAGUAUGGGAAUAAAUCUGACAGCAAUUCUAUGGAGUUUGACAGCUUUGAAGAUGUGCAGAAAAUCUAUGAAGGAGGAAUCAAGAUACCCAAAAGCUUAACCGAAGGCAUCUCUCUUGAGUUUUUGAAGCAAGUGCUGCCGACAGAUGGUGAAGGACUUCUGAAAUACCCAUUGCUCAAGAUUAUUGAAGGAAAUAAAUCUGCAUGGAGGACUGAUGAAGAAUUUGCAAGAGAAAUGUUGGCUGGACUGAACACUGUGAUAAUAAGAGGCCUUCACGUGUUCCCUCCAUCGAGCAAGCUAGAUCCUAAGGUCUAUGGUAACCAGUCUAGUACAAUAACCAGAAAACAUAUAGAGAAUAAACUGGAGGGCAUGACAAUUCAAGAUGCAAUCAAGACUAAUCGUCUUUUCAUUUUGGAUCACCAUGAUACAAUUAUGCCAUAUCUAAGGCGAAUAAAUGCUACACCUACCAAAACUUACGCUUCUAGGACACUGCUCUUUCUACAAAAAGAUGGAACACUAAAGCCAUUAGCAAUUGAACUAAGAUUGCCUCAUCCAGAUGGCGAUAAAUUUGGUUCCAUUAGCAAAGUAUACACACCUGCCGAACAAGGUGUUGAGAAUUCCAUUUGGCAGCUGGCUAAAGCUUAUGUUGCAGUCAAUGACUCUGGCAUCCGCCAACUCAUCACACAUUGGUUGCAUACACAUGCAGUAAUUGGGCCGAUUGUGAUUGCAACAAACAGGCAACUAAGUGUGCUCCAUCCUGUAUAUAAGCUUCUCCAUCCUCACUUCCGCGACACAAUGAAUAUAAAUGCGAUAAGUCGUCAGAUCCUGACUAAUGCAAAAGGAAUUGUUGAGAGUACAUUGUUUCCUUCAGUGUGUGCAAUGGAAAUGUCAUCCCUUCAAUAUAGGGAUUGGGUGUUUCCCGAGCAAGCACUUCCUGCUGAUCUAAUUAAAAGGCAAUUUUCCCCAUAUGGCCUUCGCUUAAUAAUCCAUGACUAUCCAUAUGCCGUUGAUGGAUUAAAGAUUUGGUCAGCUAUCAAAACUUGGGUCACAGACUACUGCUCCUUUUUCUACAAAGCUGACCAGAUGAUUCAACAAGACACUGAACUCCAAGCCUGGUGGAAAGAAUUCAGAGAAAAGGGACAUGCCGACAAGAAAGAUGAAAAAUGUUGGCCUCAAAUGAAGACCAUCACAGAGCUGAUUAACUCAUGCACUAUCAUAAUAUGGUUGGCUUCAGCUCUUCAUGCAGCGACCAAUUUCGGACAGUGGCCUUAUGCAGGUUUUCAGCCAAAUCGCCCCACCACGAGCCCCAGAUUCAUGCCAGAGCCUGGUACUGAAGAGUAUGAAGAGCUCAAGUCUAAUCCUGAUAAGGCUUUCUUGAAAACUAUCGCAUCCCAACCCCAGACUCUACUUGGCCUUUCCACCAUUGAGAUCUUGUCAAGGCAUACUACUGAUGAGGUUUACCUCGGACAAAGAGAGAAUCCUGAAUGGACUAAGAACUCAGAACCACUGGAAGCUUUUAAAAGAUUUGGGAGAACUCUGUCUGGAAUUGAGGAUCAAAUUCAGUUAACAUACCAUACACCUUGCUUUUCCCUACGAGUGAAAGUGGAAUAACUGGCAAAGGAAUUCCAAAUAGUAUAGCAAUAUGAUUCUCACCAUAUCCAAUUUGAUUCUUGUAUAC